GCGCAGGGGCAGAGCGCGGCUCCAGUGGGGAUUAAGCCCGAGGGCUUCGCCGACGCUUUGCACCGGGUCCGCCAGGACAUAACAUGGCUAACUACUAGAAGCAAGUCUUGAAGAUUCUGUAUGGUCUUACUGUCACUUUCCAGUGUUGCUGGGGUGUUGGGGGAUAAGAUCUCCCUGUUGCCCAGCUCCUGGAGAAAUAAGUUGGAUCAUAAAACCUUUCGAGCUAUUGUUCUAAUGAAAUGAAAAGGCUCACCACUUUGUACAACUCAGUCAUAAACCCAAUAUGGUAGCGAAUAUUAUUUUUUUUCUCUAGUCUUCAGAGAAUUGUGCAAAGACACUGGCUGUUUUAGGUAGCACGUCAUCUACUUUUUUCAGAAAGACCAAAAUGAUCUGCGACUUACUGCUUUUCAGCUGUUGAUCCAAAGCACCACAUCUUAGUCAUGUUUUACAAUAUGCAAUAAGUAGCUCUCAUCUGCAGUGACCCAGACAAGGCUGCAAAUCAGAUUUUUCAGUUUCUACUACAGCUGUGUCAACUUCACUGUACGCUGAUGUCUGAGUCUUCCUGUUAGCAUCAGAUUGUUAACCUUUAGAGGCUGUUGUAUUGGGAAAUAUCAUAGACACAUGUCAUAAUCUGGACCUCUUACUGAAGGCCUCCAGCUGCAAAAAGUCAUUUUGAGUAUUUGAGAAUGUUUUCUGCCUGUUCUUAAGUAAUGGAUGGACUUUAUCUUGGACAGCCUGCUCAGAUUGCUGCUAAAAUUGGAGAUAUUCCUCACUUGAAUAAUACCACGCCACUGGUGGACCCCUCUGUCUAUGGUUAUGGAGUACAAAAAAGGCCCCUGGAUGAUGGAGGUCUCCGUUUAAGUGGGCUCCAUGGAGCACAGAUAAGAGAUACAGAGAGAAUAGGUAACCAGUUAGGGGCCCUGGUACAUCAAAGGACAGUAAUAACAGAAGAAUUCAAAGUGCCUGAUAAAAUGGUUGGAUUUAUAAUCGGCAGGGGCGGUGAACAGAUCUCACGGAUCCAGGCAGAGUCUGGCUGUAAAAUUCAGAUUGCUCCAGACAGCGGUGGGAUGCCUGAGAGGCCCUGUGUGCUCACCGGAACACCAGAGAGCAUUGAACAAGCAAAGAGACUACUGGGGCAGAUAGUGGAUCGCUGUCGGAAUGGACCUGGCUUUCACAACGAUGUUGAUGGCAACAGUACGAUCCAGGAGAUUCUGAUCCCGGCAUCCAAAGUGGGUCUAGUCAUUGGCAAAGGAGGCGAAACAAUAAAACAGUUGCAGGAGCGAACAGGUGUGAAAAUGGUUAUGAUCCAAGAUGGCCCAUUACCGACGGGAGCAGAUAAACCUCUCCGUAUUACUGGAGAUGCUUUUAAAGUACAGCAAGCAAGGGAAAUGGUACUGGAGAUCAUCCGAGAGAAAGAUCAGGCAGAUUUCCGAGGCGUACGAAGUGAUUUCAGCUCUAGAAUGGGAGGAGGCAGCAUAGAGGUCUCUGUGCCUAGGUUUGCUGUUGGAAUUGUAAUAGGAAGAAAUGGAGAAAUGAUCAAAAAGAUUCAGAAUGAUGCUGGCGUUAGGAUUCAGUUUAAACCAGAUGAUGGGAUUAGUCCUGAAAGAGUCGCGCAGGUCAUGGGGCUUCCUGAUCGGUGUCAGCAUGCAGCUCAUAUCAUCAAUGAGCUUAUUCUCACAGCACAGGAACGAGAUGGCUUUGGAAGUCUGGCAGUAGCCCGGGGAAGAGGUCGUGGUCGUGGGGACUGGAGCAUUGGGACACCUGGGGGGAUGCAGGAAAUAACCUACACGGUGCCAGCUGAUAAGUGUGGCCUUGUUAUAGGCAAAGGUGGAGAGAACAUCAAGAGCAUAAACCAACAGUCAGGAGCCCACGUGGAGCUGCAAAGAAAUCCACCUCCCAACACGGACCCUAGCGUACGGAUAUUCACCAUCAGAGGAGUUCCCCAACAAAUUGAGCUCGCUAGACAUCUCAUAGAUGAGAAAGUUGGUACAGGGUACCAGCAUGGGUGGACCUGGCAGUUUUGGUCAAAAUCCUUUCAGCCAAGCACCUGCUGCACCUCAUCAAAAUGGUCCUCAGGCGUUCAUGACACAGAGUUGGGGCAGCACCUACCAGACGUGGCAACAGCCUGGACAGCAAGUUCCAAGUCACGCUGCCAAUGCUGCUUCUCAGGCAAGUUCCCAGCCGGACUACACAAUGGCAUGGGCAGAGUAUUACAGACAGCAGGCUGCCUACUAUGGACAGACACUAGGGCAAGCUCAGGCUCACAGCCAGGAGCAGUAGAACAAUGUCCUUGUGGCAAUUUUUUUUCUUGGAAUCAUUGUGGAAGAAAACCUUUUUGUAACAGAGGUUUCUAGAUUUGCAACAUUUUGAUGAAGACUUUUCUGUUUGUGAAACACUAGUUGUAGGAUAAUCUAAACUGAACUUUUCUAAGAAUCAGGAACAAUUAGUAAUGUACUAAACUUAUGGACAUGCUGGUAAUUUUUUGUUUCCAAAUUUGUAAAAACUCCGGGAUUCUUUUUGGAAAGAAUACAGGCACCAAAACGCACCCCAGAGCUGUGACAUUUCAACAUGUGGUUUUUUGUGUGUUUUUUUUUUUCUUUUUAGUUUUCAAUCUUUUCUGUUGCAACAGAAAGAGUGGCUUGGAAGUCUUAGGUGGUAUGUAACAAAUCCUAAAAAAAAAAAAAUUUUAAACAGUAUUUAAAUAUUCUUAAAUAUGUAAAUUCAUUAAAUGUUUUACUUCUAAUUUCUUGUAUCUUGGCUGUCUUUGAUUUUAUUGCAUUUUUUAAAAAACUGAACUAUGGUAUGUAUUGUAAUUAAUUAUGUGAAUUCUGUAUUGAGACACUUACUGUUUUGCUGUCAGGCAAGUGGGUGGGGAGGUAUUUUGUAGGGUUUGUAUAAUUUCUAGAGUUCUAAAGGAUAAUAUAAAAAUGUGUUAAUUUUUUUAGCAAUACAUUUUUUCAUGUCUCCAUUGCUGGUUGCAUUUAUGUAUCUAAGACCUCCAAGCUUGUUUAAAAAAAAAAACAAAAAAACCCUUCCUCUAUUCUCUCAGAAAUAUAAAUACUGUUAUUUUUAAUAUUAAAAUGAAUCUGCUAUUAGUACCUUUAACAAACACUGUGGAACAUUAAACCAUAUAAAAAGUAGUAACUAUUUUUUAAUUCCAGGGUGUUUUUUGCUUUUUUCAUUUUUCUUUUUAAAUAUUUUCUUAUCUAAUAUUUGUCAAAUUACCUAGAGAAAUAAAUGAAUCUAGUAUUAACCACAGUAUGCGCUAAAUAAUUUUGAUUUAAUAAAAGGGAUAAUAUGAUUUCCAAUGUUUACUGUAGUGUUUCUUGUACAGAUAACAGUGUAUUUUUAAAGGAAAAAACGGAAUUGAAGCUAUUUUUUCUUGCAUUUUUAAUUGACCUGCGGGACAUUCCGUUUUGAAAUGUACUGAAGUUACUGUUGUUGGGUUCUUUCCUUAUUUUUUCCUUAUAAUGCUUGAAAUGUCUAACUAAAGAAACGCCAUUGGAUAAUGUUGAGCAUGAUGUUAAAAAAAGUGUUCUUUUUAUUUGACUGACAGUUUCAUUUUACACUCUAUAUAAUAAAAUUUCCACAAGAUGUCUUGUGGGUGAAGUAUUUUUA